AUGGGGAUGUCGUGUAGACGCCACUUUCAUACGUUUUCAACUGUAAGCUCCCAUACGACUUUCAGCAAUGGCAACUCCGAACACACAAAUCUUCCUCCUAUUUGCCUUUGCAAUUUUGAUCCCUAUAACUUCUGGUUUGUUCAACAAUGGCCACCCAAUGUUUGUGCUUUACAAUCAGGACGAUGCGUAGGACGAGGGACAAAAUCCUUCACCAUCCAUGGUUUGUGGCCUCAGAAGAGAGGAAACUCUGUAACUAAUUGCCCCGGCACCUCCUUUGAUUUUAAUCAGAUUGCGCAUUUAGAAAACGAUCUUAAUGUAGUUUGGCCAAAUCUGAUAACUGGAAACCACAAAUGGUUUUGGGGUCAUGAGUGGAACACACAUGGGAUUUGCUCGGAAAGUAGGUUCGAUGAGGCAGCCUACUUCCAAACAUCCAUAAAUUUGAGGCACAAUAUCGACCUCCUUAGCGCUCUAAGAGUUCAAGGAGUAGUUCCAAACGGGGCCUCCAAGUCGAAGCAAAGAGUGGAAAAUGCCAUCGUAAAGCAUUUCAAGAAUAAUCCCGUUCUUCGAUGUAAAACAGCAUCGACCGGCCAAGUCCUAUUGACGGAGAUUGUUAUGUGCAUCGAUGACGAUGGUGUCACCCUUAUCAACUGCAAUCUUUCAUAAUCCAAUUGCGCUAACAGCUUCAUUUUCUGAGCUCUUCAAUUCUCAUGCAAUGCAAUAAUGUUAGUUCGAUACAAAUAA